GGCAUUCACAAAGGCUUUCAGUCGGGAUGUGCACUUUUCUUUCGGAUAGUAUGGGAAAACCCUGAAAUACUUGCUUGCGCAUUCAGCUAAAAGAUGGAAAGAUCAGUAUUGAAUGGUUCCAGUAAAAUAAUUUUAUCUAAUUUUACUCCCUCCAAAUCGGAACUCUACAGAGCUGCACCCGUCCAACUAGAUCGACCUCUGGGGAAACCCGUGGACUGGAUCCAAAUGGCCAACAGACCGGAUCCACAUUUACUGAACAUGAUGUCACUUAACGUACCGGAUCCGUCAUUGCACAAUUCCAGGAGCUCCAGUAUUGCUCCCUCUGAGUUUGAUAGGCCUAAUCAUGUACCAAUAUAUCACUCGCACAGUUCUAACUUAUCAAAACAAUCCACUCCAACGGGUAGUAUCAAAAGAACGAGAAGAGAACAGUGUACGGAUUGCUGGUCAAAAUCAUCCAUAUGCAUGAAACAAUUUUCUAAAUUCCUACUCUCGCACGCCGGUUUGGCCAUCUUGGUUGUGUUGUACGCAUUGUUGGGUGGAUUUCUAUUUUACUGGUUGGAACAAACAUGUGAGCUUCAUGUGAAACAAAAUGUGACCAGGCGACGCGCUCAACUGGUAGACAAUUUAAUGCAGUUGUGGCGAGACAGUCAGCUAGAGGUGCUGCAAUCCAUUCAAGCGGACACUAAAGCCAUAAUGAGGCUUGGCGCAGCCCAUAUAGACAACACGGCCGAAAUGCGUCAAAAAUUAGGAAUUGAUCGCUCUACCGGUGCUUUUCCUGAAUUUGGCAGUCUGAAAAUCAAAUCGCACGCUGACCGAGAAAAGUUACUCGCCGGACUGACGUGGUACUUAGCUGGUGUGGGUUGGCAAAGGAAGAUAGUUCCCAAUUGGUGGUUCCCAGGUCAGUUUAAUGUCACUACUACGCCGACUGAUCCUAACGUUGAACGCACCACAUCCACGGAAUUUGUAUCUCAGCAGGACAGUGUCGACCGGACAGCAUUGUUGAAAGCGGAGUAUUUUUCGAAAGAAAUGUUGAAAAACAUCUCGGAUCCUUUGAUCAUAUUGACCAAUCUUAACGAUUUGUUACCCAUGAUAGUCGAUGUAACAUACCGAAGCGAAAAACGCAUCAAUGAAUUGAUUACAAAUUAUAUAAAACACAUUGUCUCAGCCAUCAAAGAUGACGGAUGGAAUGGUGCGGAAAACAUGGAAGACAUGAACUGGACGUUGGAGGGAGGGAUUUUGUAUGCAGUGACUAUAAUAACAACAAUAGGUUACGGACACGUCACUCCGCACACUACAACUGGUCGGCUGUUAACAAUGCUGUAUGCCGUUUUUGGGAUCCCACUGUUCUUUUGCUACCUAACCAAUAAUGGAAAUUACUUCGCCAGUGCUUUUCAAACUUGCUACAUUCGUAUGUGCCGCCCGGUAUUUCGGAUCAUUAAAAGACGGUGCUGUUAUCCACUCAAAGGAAAGAAGCAGACCGAACGAAAGACCUCGAGAACUUCGCGUACGUCAGUGAGCAAUAAAGUGGGAUCCUCGGUACAACUUCCGGGAAGUGUAUUUCGAAUAACCCCAAAGACAUCAGCGACCGAACCCACUAGUGUAGAAUUCCUUCCUGUUUGGACAGAUGAUAGACAUGCGGGAAGAAUUAGCAAUGAAGAUACACACCAGUACUUCAACACCUACCCCAUAUCACCUAGCUAUCGCUUGACGGAUGACUGGGAACCGUUUUCCACAGCUUUAACCAUUGAUUGUUAUACAAAUAGACCUCUCCACUCUGUAUCUGCCAUGCUACCAUCCAAAGAUACAUCACACACAGAAGUGGUUCAACAACCUCCGAGCCCUUACUUAACGCGAUCAGAACAAGAAAGCGAAAAUUCCGAUAUUUCAAUAUCCGCCUUCACACCUAGCUCCCCAGUCCCGCUUCAGUCGCCGUCUACCACCAUGACGAGCAGAAAUGUACCGCUCACAAGGGUGCAUGAUCGUUCAGAGUGGAUUACGGAGAAUGAAACCCUAAAAAGCAAACUUGAUUACACUCCAAUCACCACCAGACAGCCGGCCGUCAAAUCCGGCUUGGUAGAGCGGCGCAGAAAGAGCAGUCAUGAAAGAGGAAGACCCAGUCAAGCAACAGCACUAAUGUUACCGUUAAAAUUCCCGCCAGCCCCAUCGCAAAAGCAGACGGAUCAAGUCACCGUUCCAAUCACCCUAACGUUGUGUAUGAUGGCUGUGUAUAUACUAAUCGGCGCAACCGUGUUCACCUUUUGGGAAUCGCGUGAUUAUGUCAAAUGGUCCUAUUUUUGCUUUGUUACCCUAUCCACCAUCGGUUUUGGAGAUAUUGUGCCAGGGACUAAGGUGGACUCCCAGAAUCCGAAAGAGAAGAUGAUAAUCCUGGCGGUAUACAUGGCUGUUGGGUUGUCUGUGUUCGCCAUGUGUUUCAAAUUGAUGGAAGAAGAGGUCACAAUGAAGAUGAAGCGGCUUGGUCGGAAACUUGGUCUGAUUCGGCCCCCAGGACAGAAAGCCACACAGAGGGAACGGGAGAUACAAAAGCAAGAAAAUGAAAAAGAGGCAGCAUUCAACAAAAUCCCGGUGAGGUUAAAUUCAUGAACGAAUUGUGAUCCAAAAAACCAACACGACUGAAACAGUGAAAUUCUGUGGUAUUGCACCAUUUUUCCAACAGAUAUAUUUGGGCCUGAAUGUUUCCCCUGGCUUUGUAAUUUAUCCCACCCAAUACAUGUAGUCUUUCAUGCCGAUAGCGUCAUAUUGCAGAUUUCUUUUACUUCCAGG